AAAACUUUAAAUGUAUGUAAGCAGUUGAACGUGAAACAUGAGACGGUCCUUCCUCUUUGCUUGAGACGUCUAGCACCGCGUCCCGUACCCUUUAAAAAUCAUUCGAAAAAUAAAAAAUGCCUUUCGAUUCGUUCUCGUAUCCUCGUCGUCCGAGGUUGGUUUUCGUGUUACGAUUUUUUUCCGUCGUAUUGUUUGCCGAUCCCGCAAGACAAAACGGGAAUUUCUGUAGUGCGAGCCACCAGGACCAUGAAGACCAUGAUCAUGAUGAUGUUGUUCCUCAUCGUCGUGGUCUGGGCAGUUACACUUCUACUGCGCGAGUGGGCACCAGGAGUAGCACCACUGCGACAUCAGCCGCCAUGGAAGUAACUACACCCGGCGGGGAGAUGAUGGAGGGUGGCGCGUCUGCAGCUUCUUCACCCAUGAUGGUUGAUGAACGACAAGACACGGCCCUUAGUUCAAAACGAAGUAAAUCCCCAGACCGUACAACACGACCAGCUCAGGAACAGAGUGCAGAUAAAAGCGUCAAAGAUGCCCAGGGUUCAACAUUGCGGACCACGUCGGCUAGAUCUUUGAUGCACCCGGCGGUAAAAAUAGCAGGGCAAACGCAGGCCCGACUGUCUGGCUGGGAAGAAUCUUUAUCCGAGCAAGAAGGACCAAACGCGGAAAUGACGAUUACAGAAGUUGCACAACGAAGAUUGCAGGGAGCAGGGCCCCCGCUGCUCUCGGAGAAAGAUACAGACUUCGCCCACAAGCUUCAAUCUCGAAGAUCAUCUUCAUCACCGACUGCGAGGACAUCAAGAAGCACCACGGGUGUAAUGGAUGAGCGGCAAAAAUCCUCUCCCAGUACUGGCCGAGCCCUUCUCGCUGGCGACAGUCCGGCGGGAGCGGUGCCGCAGCCCCGGCUGCGCCUUCAUUCCUACACGAUUGGAACAAGGAUGAACCCCUUGCUGUUUUUACCUUAAGUAAAAACGUUUUCAACCCAGAGUUGUGAUGCAGAUUUGCAGUCACAUGAAAAUUUGUAAUGCGCAUCCUCAUCAGAGGCAUUUCCGGCUGUGUUUUGGAAUUUGUGAUGCUGUAUAACAGGAUAUAGUGGAUGGCUUUGUGAUGCGGCUGUACUUACGAAACUGCACUUACAAAACAGAGAAAAACUUGUCAUGCGUGAUUCCCAAAGCGUCUUGAUGUGUGUUCCGCGAUGUCGCCCAUCUUGACUCUGGGGACGUGGGGACGUUUUUACACAGGAUAGUUUUACCUCCAGCAUUCCGCGGAAGUACACAACUUGCCGAUCCUGCCGUAUCGUGCGAGGAACCGAACGAUUCCUGAGUCGUGUUCGUAUUUCCAUUUCGAAAAUGAAAGUUGAGUUUGAUGGCGCCUGGUCAUGCAUUCGUUUAGGAAGACGAACGGGAGAUCGGGCCAAUCAUGAAUGGCUGCGUGGCCUGUCGUUCUCGUUGGUAUGCUUCGACCUGCUGGUUGUGAUGCAUAUUGAUUUUGCUUUAGAUUAUCUAGUACUGGUAGUACACCAGGCGGUUUGCAAUUGCAAAAAUGUCGACGCAGGGAAAAAAAAACCGAACUGACUCAGAAGAACAAGUUCGGCCUGAUAGACCACGUGGCAUGGGCGACCCAGUGUUGCAGAAGUGGAGUCGAAAAGCCCUGCAGCGUAUCAGCAGUGAACGUGAAAUAUCCUGUGCAAAAGUAUCGUACUCGUAUUGCAAUCAUGCAUGACAAAUCUUUUUCUUAAGGCAAAUCUCCAUUACAAAUUUCAUUUCUCACGCUGAGGAAAUUUGUAAUGCAUUUAUACGAGUACGAUAAUUUUGCAGUUCAUAUGAAAUUGCCGUCUACACCAGAGCAAGAGGCUGAUCGGUGCAUGAUCCAUUUGCUUCAUCAAUACCUAGUUCAACUAUGAAGUUCUACACGCGUUCAUGCGUGAUUGAACAUUGCGGAAUGACCAGGAUCUUCGGCUCCUUGUUUGUAGUAGUAUGUAGAAGCAAUUUUGUCUUUGCAGUCGAUACUUGAGAAGCUAGUCUAUCACCAAGACGAGGCGUACCGGAUGAAGGGAACGGGAUCGGUAUCCACCUCAAAUUUGUUGUACUGCAUGACACAAUUUUCGGAUGAUGUUGAUCACGAAGGAUUGUAUAUGCGUUGUUUCCACCUUUCACAGCUAGAAUUAGAAAACAAAAAUUAAAUUAUCUCCCGCAGGUUCUUUUCUUCGCCGACGCCUAUGACGCCCUGCUGGAGGCUGGGGAGCCGGAACUUCUUUCCCGUUUCAAGCAGCUGCAAGAGAAGAGCAAUGGCCAGUGCCGCAUUUUUUUCUCAGGCGAGGAGAACUGCGGGUCUGCUUGCAUACCGGGGUAUCUCGGCGCUUUCACCACGUCGGCGGUUAGAGGACCAUUGGUAUCCUCAAGUAGUGGCACCAGUGCGGAUGGUGCAGUAGCCGCUUUGUCUGCAAACACAACGAGCAACAGGUUUUCGCAGUUUUUGUGCUCCGGCGGCUUCAUCGGCGAGGCGGAAGCCUUCGUGGAGCUCUUUCGGAAAUACCCAAUUAAAGAGUUCGCAAAAAACUACCCAAACCAAUCCGAGCAGUACUACUGGGCCCUGGUCUGGGGCAAAGAAUUCGAAGAGAAGAAAAACAAAUCUUUUUUAUGAACUGCAAAAGUAUCGUACUCGUAUAAAUGCAUUACAAAUGAUGUCCACAGCAUGAAAAAUGAAAUUUGUAGUGCUGAUUUGCCUUCAGAAAAAAAUUUGUGAUGCAAGACUUGCAGCUAUACGAGUGCGAUACUUUUGCACAGGAUAUUUUUUCUGCCUCGACGACCUCGGGAUGAUUUUCGCCAGCAACUUGGGGUAUCUGAAGAUCGAGUAUGCUAUGUAAAUUUUCUGUACAUGUACAAAAUGCAUGACAAAUUUUGCUAACUUGCAGUGUACAACUUGUCAUGCUACACUAGGAUUGAAGGCAAAUUUUGUGAUGCAGAGACAGCAUUUGUACGUGUACAGGAAAUUUACUGUGGAUAUCGAGGUGAAGAACCAGCAGGUUUUGCAAGACGAAAAAUUCGACCCCGCCGUCGAACCGUUUCAGGAAAACCCUGGGCUGGUGAUUGACUUCGCGAAAUCCCUAUCCUGUGCACAAGUAUCGCACUCGUACAAAUUCAGGUCUUGCAUUACAAAUCUUGUCUCCAAGGCGAAUCUGCAUUAGAAAUUUUUCUUUUCAUGCUGAGGAAAUCGAAAUUUGUAAUGCAUUUAUACGAGUGCGAUACUUUUGCACAGGAUAAUCCCCGGGCUCCCGCGUUUUUUCGCCGGCGACUGGUACGAAUCCGGUGGUGUUGCAUUGGAACGGGUACUGGAAAACGAAUUUAUACAAAACCUACGUGGAACUCACCAGGAGCGGGUACUGGAAAACGUCUAGUUCACAGGAGUACAAUGCGCAGUUCGAAUCGGUGUCGUCUUCUCCAAAACCCGGAACUACUAGAACCAGACGAAUGUUGCCGUCACCGCCAGGAGAGCGUGAGGGACGAGAGGAAGAUGAAGCUGCUUUGGAAGAGCAGCAUCCUCAGCAUCUUCUAUCGGAAGGAGGAAGAAAGAUAAAAGCAGUACCACCAUCGGACGCGGAUGAACUUUCAUUUGAGCAGCAAUCUGUUGCGCCUGGGCGACGGCACAACGAAGUCGCGGAUGAUGAAGACCAGAAGCCGAUGACCCACCUUCGUGCUCUCGAAGCUUACGCGCAAAUCAGCUCAAGCGGAGGAAAAACGUCGAAGACGGAAGGUUUUGCAGACGGGGCGGCAAGGACUCGUGCAUCAGCAGUGCCGGUUUCUAUGCAAGAAUUCACGAAAUCCACAGUUUUCCAAGACUGGGACGCGGACGCGGUAUGAAACAAGAACAAAAAAAGGUUCCUGCAUAUUGUAUCAGUGUUGCGGAAGCACCAGAAUUGCAGUGGUAAUAUGGUUUGUAGUUUCUUUGUACAGUACGAGCACGCGGAGAUGAGGAGAAGUAGAAGUACAGCAACGUACCCUUUGCAAGGUGUCACGUGCUACACGACCUUCUGUGAGAGUGCAUCAUAAAACGUAGUACGUGGACACCACAACUACUAGCCAUUGAAAGAAGUAGAACGAAGUCAAAGAUACUGAUACAACUACAAGCCCGACCUUCCCGCUUUUCGCUUUCAUACCAACCGUCCUUCUUCUUUCUCGGCGGUCGGCUGUCCAUGGCGAUGGCGAAACCGGGCCAGAUUGCCUACAUCUCUUUUCUGCUGCUCCUGCUGGUGCGACUCGUCUUUUUCGUGCAAAUCCAGCUCUGGAAACGCCGGAACAACGGGAGAAAUCUCCGGAAACAGAAGACACUACCGGGUGGCGGAACUGCCAGUGCAAUAAGCCAGAGAGGGACAAUACCAGACGAGGACUGGAACGCGGUUAAUUUAGAUCAGGUCGAGGACGAUACGGAACGCAUUAUCGGGGCUGCUGCAACUUCCUCCGUAGAUCCUGAUGUUCUUACGGGGGGCUCCACCACUGUAGAACUGGCUUUGUCCGGAGCGGAGAACGACGAUCUUCCGGCCGGGAGUCGUGCUAAUAAGGCAGGAACAAGUGGGAUCAACGGAGGACCAGAUCUUCCUUCUUCUUCGACUGGAACUUCUACUCUCGACGUCCAAGAGAGGACAACUGCAUUACGGUCGAGCAACGGCAAUACCAUAAUAUCCCUGCAGACCUUCCUGCGGCACCACAAAUUUUGGAGUGAAAAAGCGGUGAACAGACUGAGAAUAGGGCUACUGGUUUGCUUCACCGUUUUCUGCGUCUUCCAGCUGUAUUUUCUGUACCAGCUCUCGUGCAACGUUUCCCUGCCGAUGUCGAAGUUUACGAGCGUGGCAAAAACCGUGUUGAAAUACACCCCGUCGGGAGGGUAUUAUUUUCUCGGCUUCUGGCUAGACCAGAUGCCGAUCUGCUUUUUGCUCUUAGGGUCGGCCGUGAUUGCGGAAAGCUUUUGCAACUGGCUGAAAAGGAAUGAGAUGGGGUGGUGAGUAGUCCUAGAAGUCGUGUGUAGCACUAGCACGUACUUCUUGCACGGGAUAAACAAACCCAAAUUUUUCACUUCUUGCUGCAUCGAAAAUUCUGGACUUCCAACCGUGACACUCCGACUAAAUCACGGCUAGAGAGCGGCGGUCAAACAGUUGUUCGUCCCACUAUGGUUCUGUGGAAUUUCAAUUCUGAAGUCG